AUGUCAAAUAUCAUUGAGAUCAAGCUCGCAAAGAUCUAUGAAGCUCACGUGUGUAUUAUAUACGGAAAGGAUUUUUCAAAAACAGCAUUCGUUACAGUUACCGGUCAAGGCAUUUAUCCUAGAAUUAUUUGGUGCAAUGUAGAUGAUCACCGUAUACCUCAGACUAAUAAUUGCGACGCUUGUUCGUUAGAAAGAAAUGUAAAUUCAUUUGGUGAUGGCAAACCAUGCACUAACAAUCUUUAUAACGGUGAUCCAAGUCAUAAGGACAACCCAUUGGCAGCGGACAGUUGUAUCUGUUUCGGUUACAAAUCAAUACAGUUUGAUUCAACUCCUGUGGGUAAGAUGUCAACAAAGAACAUCUAUUUAGCUAACACUUCAAAGUUGAGUUUUAGUUCAAGAUUUUAA